AAAUGUCGGAGAGGAACGAAAGCCAGAAUUCUGUGGUUUGCGGCACAUGUGGCCUGGCAUACACCUUGCCAGAGGAUGAGGUUGUUGGAAACCUCCCCCACAUGCUGCUGUGUGGUCAUGUAUUCUGCACCUCCUGUCUGCGCUCUCUGGAGUUUGGCAACAUCGUCGUGUGUCCAGAGUGUAAGGUGGAGUCGAUGCUGUCUGAGGACGGGGUUGAGGGGCUUCAGGUGGACAGCAGGAUCAUUGGGCUUAUCUACACCGCCAAGAUGAACAUGAGGAAAAACCGUGAUAGGCCCAGGCAUCGCAAGUCCACGCCCCCCCACCUGCCCCCAGCAGAGGGUCCAGAGCAGGAGUCUGAUACAGAGAAAGGCCUGGAAGAUGCUCUGUGCCAAGCAGCUGAAAACCUGUCCCAGCUGGAGAGCAUCCACCAGACCCUGGUUGAAGGCCUGCAGGUGCAGGUGAAGAAGGAGAAGGCUCGUCUGGCAAAAGAGAUCGAGGAGGUGGCAGAGGCUGCCUUAAGCAUCCUGCGCAAAAGGAAGGGGGUUCUUCAGGCCGAACUGGCCCAUCUGGAGCAGUACUUCCUGGCCAGCAGGCAGCUUCUGGGGCAGGUGGAGGAGAGGAGGAAGGCCCUGCACACAGCUAUACAGAAGACCAAGCAGGUUCAGCAGCACCCCUCCCUCGGGAGCUACUGCGAACUGGACAAGGUGUUGGAGAUCCUGCAGGCUCCAGUAGCAGUACAGUCCUAUGAUCUCAGCUGUCUGUCUCUGGGCUCUGGACUGAGCUGCACUCUACAUACAGAAGGACUGGGGCAGAGUCUGAAAACCUACUUCAAAUUCACAAUCGGCAACCCAAAAGUACUAACUGGGGAAGACGUGAGCACAGACGCCCCCUCCCAGCUGGGCACAGAGAGGAAGAGCUGGCAGGGCAGCAUCCCUCCCCAGGACAGGAGACUGGGAUGGCAGGCCCCCGACACUGUGGAGCCUGGAGCCCCUGAGUGGCAGCAGGAAAGCCUGGGGAUGAGAUCUGCUAACCAGGCCGCCUCCUCCUGCGGCUUAUCUGACACUCCCAACGUCAUCAUCGAGGAGAUUAUUGAGGAAGCAGAGCCAGAGCGACCGUUUUCUUAUCGCCCGGCAAGCCGCAGGCGUUCAGUGUGGCGUCGACGCCCCGCGGGCCUCGCCCUGCCUCGGGCGAUGCCGCGCCGUGGAAGGCCCCGCAACCUCUUACCCCAGCCAGCUUUCAUGGGCCCUCCCCUACCGCCCAGAGGAAAGGCGGUGCUUGGACGACCGAGGAGGAAGGGCAGGAGGUAUCCCAUGGACGGCCCUCCGAUGCGUCUGGGGAAAGCGUUUCAGGAGUGGGUGUUGGUGACACAUGUGGUCAACCCCAGCCACUUCUACAUCCGGCGAGUGGCUGAGACUCGCGCUGGAGUCGUGCUGUCCAAGAAGAUCAGCGGCCUGUGCUCUGGGGAGAGGGGCCUCUUCACUGCCGCCAACGUGCUGGAGACCGGCUCCCUGCUGUUUGUGAAGUGGAAGGAGUCCAUGUGGUGCAGGGUGACGGUGACGGAGGUGUUCCAGAGAGGCCGAGUGGAGCCUGUGUCCCGCAGCCCUGUGCUGGACCUGGCCAAACUGCGCGUCUACUUCCAGGACUACGGCUUCUCCAAGGACAUCUCUUUCAAUGACAGUGAGGGCGCGUCAGUGGUGGACGGUCUGAAUCAGUGCGUACGCCGUGUUGACCUGGCCGUGCAGUCAGAGAUGGCUCGCUGGCCCGCCCAGGCUAUCCGCUGCUCCCUCAAAGACAUCGUCCCGGCUGACCUGAAUAAGGGCUGGUGUACGGAGUCACAGAUGGAGUUCCAGCGGGUGGUAGGUUCCAAGGCGGUGGAGAUGCAGGUGUUCGGGGAGGAGCGGGACGCCCUGCUGGUGGACCUGAAGAACGCGCCCAUGGACAAGAGUGCCAGCGACAUGCCCCUCUCUCUCCGGGACUACCUCGUCUUUCUGGAGCUGGCCAUGUUUUAUUCCCCGAUGGGCAAACCCCCCAGCAGUGGGCGUCGGCCCCUGCAGUUUUACCCUCCUGUGUACCCUAGAGCCAUGGUGGAACUCAAUGCAGUGGUGUGUCACAUUAACUCACCCUCAGACUUCUACAUACAACUGGUGGACAACAUAGAGUACCUGCUUCUGAAUGCGAAGCUGCAGGACUUCUACUCCCAGGAGGGCCUGGGGGGGCUGGAGGUGUUCUGCCCCACCCUGGAACAGGCCUGCGCCGCCCUCUUCGAGGACAAGGUCUGGUACCGCGCCCAGAUCAUCGGCUUCCCUGGUAACAGGUUGGUGGAGGUCCAGUACGUGGACUUCGGAAACAAGAAGAUCCUGCCCCUGAGUGACAUACGCAAGCUAAAGGAUGAGUUCUUCGCUCUGCCCGCCAUGGCUAUCCAGUGCUGCUUGGCGCAUCUGAAGCCAGCGAGCAGCGCCGCGUCAUGGAGCACCACGUGCACUGAAAGGUUCCGGAACCUCGCGGAACAAAAACUGAUGUCUGCCAUGGCAACAGAGAUUGUCCCACGGCUGCAGGCCAUGCCGGUCAGGUUGUUCGAGGUGAAGGAGGAUGUUGGCCAGUCCACGGACAUCGCUGAGCUGCUGGUGGGGGAAGACCUGGCCUGCUUCAGGAAGGGAGUGAAACCGCAGGCCCAGGUGGUGGACCCGGCCGUGUGGGACCCCCCGUUCGAGGGCCUGCUGGAGGGUGUGAGGGACGGGGACACUGUGGCUCCUGAAGAGGAGACUCUGCUCCAGAGCAACGCCCAGGACCUGCACACCCACAUCCAGCUGCCCCAGAAUCUGAAGGACCUGAGGGUGCGGGUCACCCAUGUCUGCUCCCCCGGAAGCUUCUACGUGCAGCUGCUGCAGAUGGACAAGCACCUCAAGAAGGUGUAUGAGAAGCUGAAGGAGGCGUACGCGAAGUCUGAGCCGCAGACGGUGGAGUGGGCCGUGGACAUGUACUGCGCCGCGUACGUUAACGGCGUGUGGGAGAGGGGACAGGUCCGCUCCGUGUCUUCCGCCAACAUUGCCGAGGUGGUGCGCUGCGACUUUGGCAACAAAGUGAAGCUCCACAUCAACCACCUCCGACCCUUGCAGCCUGACUUGGUUGGCUGCCUGAUGCUUGAGUGUUCCCUCAGCGACAUCAGACCUGCGGGGGGUCGCUCCACCUGGACAGCCACUUCAUGUGACUUCAUCUCCUACUACAUGACCGGCGCCAUGGCGACAAUGACCAUCAAGGAGAACACGCCCCAGCGGCCCAUCUCCGUGGUCCUGUACUGCGCCGACCGGGCGGGGAAAGAUGUGAGCAUCGCUGACUUCCUGGUCAGUGAGGGCCUGGCCCUGAAGGAGAGGACACGUCCGGAGGUUCCUCCGGCCGCAGAGAAGGAGGCAGGGUCUGCAGAAGGGGGCGUUCCCCUGAGGAGCUGCGAGGGGGCGGGGCCGAGAGCUCCGUCUCCUCCCCUCCCGGCUGCUCCCCCCUCCAAACCCGCCCCCUGCCCCGCCUCCCCGCCCAAGGUUGUUCGGACACGCCCCUACGUCCGGCCCGAGGCGGUGAAGACACGCCCCUACAGCCCGCCUGAACUCCCGCACUGCGGCCUCACACAGAUGACCAUCACCGCCGUGUCAGAGGACGGAGUCAUCUACGCCAUGACACGCCAUGCAGAGCUGCAGUUUGAGCAGCUGAAGGACAGGCUGCAGCUGCACAUAAAGACCCUGCCCAGGCAGAAGCCCUACAGUUGGAAGAGCGUGCUGGGCUGUGCGGUCAUGGGUUCCGACAUGCUCUGGUACCGGGGCGAGGUGCAGGAGGUCAUCGGGGGUCAUGUCAAGGUACGCUAUGUGGACCAGGGUCUAGUGGAGAACAUUCCGGUGUGUCAUGUUUACCCCACAGUGCUCUGCGAGGACAUUCCCCAACUCUGCAUUCCCUGCAAGCUGCACGGCAUUAUUCCUGUGGGGGAACAGUGGCAGGGGGAUGCUGUGGCUUUGCUCAGAGAAUUACUGCACACUCGCUGUGUGGACCUGCAGAUCAUGGAACUGCCCUCUGACCCCCAAGGUCAGGUCACAGUGCAGGUGCUGUUAGACGGGAUGACCCUGAGCAGGAUCAUGGUGCAUCAUCAGCACGCGACCUUUGACCCCAGUGUGUCUGCCAAAGAGAUGCAGGUACCUGUGGUGACACCAUCCUUGACAGAAUUGGAUGACUGGGAGCUAAACACCAAAGGUUUGAAGGACUCAGAGCUAAUGCUGGGGGUCUACAAAUAUCCCAGACUUCCUGACAAAGGAGAGCACUUCCCUGUCAAGAUCAAACACCUCCGCACUCCCAAUGAGGUGUUCCUGUACCCUCUGGUGAAGGACAGAGAUGUGGAGGAGACUGGGGAGACUCUGGAGCAAGCUCUGGGCAGAGUGAACUCCAGUGUGGAGGAGCUGCCACUGCUCACUGACUUCCCUAUAGAGGGCCCCUGCCUGGCUGAGUACUGCGAUGGAAAAUUCUACAGAGCCAAGCUGCUCAGCCUCGAGGGCUUCGACCCCGUCAAGGUCCUCAUCAGACACGUGGACUUCGGCUCGGACGACAUGGUCCCCAUGCAGAGGCUGCGGCAGGUCCCGGAGGCUCUGCUGCGCUUCCCCUGUAAGGCCAUCCAGGUGCGCGUGGCGGGGUUCAAACCGCCACUGGUCCGCCUGGAGAAGGAGCGCGUGUCCUACCGGCCCGAGUGGAGCAUGAAGGCCGCUCUGGAGAUGAUCGACCUGCUGCACGGUGACAUCACCGCCUCCGUCGUGUCCACAGACCCAGAGACUGCCGUGUUCCUGUACGAUGAGAAUGGGGCACUGGUGCAUCUGCCCCUUGUGCAGAAGGGCCUGGCUGACUACGAGUGACAGGAAGAAACCGAAUCCCGCUGUGACCUGGAAAGUCUGUUGGCCUUGUGUUCUUGGCCUGGGAAUAAGGAAUACCUGCACGUCUUCAUUUAUAGUUUUAUAUACAGGUGCUAGCGUUAUAGCACUGAGAAAUCUUGAUUUAUUUUCAGUGUUCUACUUUUGUAAAAGGGAGCCUGUGAUGCUGUGAUAUUG